GGCCUGGGUCGGUCCUCCCUGCCGUUUGCCCUUCACCCCAGUCCAGGUGACUGUAACAGGGCAUCUGCGCGAAAUGAGGCUGUAACCCCCUAUUAGUUAAAGUUUCUUCCAGGCACGUCCCAAUGUCCAGGCAUGAAGACCGUUCUCGAUCAAAGUCGAGUCUUCUUCUACUGCCAACCUAUCCAGCCCCAUGCAGCGCUAUGAUCCUCUGACCAGGCGGCACAUUGGUCGUCCAUGGUUCACAACCACCUCGACUGGGAUGGAAUUGUGAGCCGUUGGAUACGUCAAGAAUGUCAAGUCUCUGGCAGCAUAUAUCUCCUUUUCUUGCCGUGCCACCACAACCUUGUGGUAAGGUAAAUCCAAGACUUAUAUCUGGUUUCUUGGUCUGAACCCAUGGCACUCUGCCACGUAAACCUCCUGUCGAUUGCGUUGCCAGACUGACAUAGCAAAACGGCCAAGAAAUGCAAUCAAGACGUUGUUGAGCCGCCUCAAUCUCACUCAGAUCUCUCUAUAGGCUCAUCGCCUACCCACCCUCACGAUGCCAAUACCUGGCUUUUCCUCCGCGCGACCCGAACUGGACAAAGAAGAAGAUCACCAAUUUGUUCCAUUGCUGAAUGACCAGCCAGACAACGAUGGCAAUGAUGAAAGCACACAAGAACAAGAGCUGUCUUUCUCAAUCCAUGGCGCCCCAGGACGAUCGUCUGCGGAUACAAUCACUUUCACCGGCACCUCAACUCGGGGUUUCUCUUUCCAAAAGCUUCUUGUCUUGGUGUGCCCAUAUAUACACCCAUGCUGGCUUGCAAUUCGCCCCAGGAUGCUGUCUCCGGCACGAGAGAGAAGAAUCACCUCGACUUCCUGGCUCGACGGUCUCCGGGGUGUGGCUGCCUUCAUCGUUGUGAUCUAUCACCAGAAUCUUCUCGUCUAUUUCUUCAAGCAAGGCAGUUGCAAAGCAUGGCGACACAAUGACCCUCAUCUCUGGCGACUCCCGAUUUUUCGGCUGGUCUGUAGCGGUGGCGCCAUGGUCGACGUCUUUUUUGUGGUCAGUGGUUACGCAUUGAGCUACAAACCGUUGUCCCUUGCAAGGAGCAAGGAGUUCACCAAACUCAACGCUUCCAUCACCUCCAGCUUUUUUUCGCAGAGGAAUCAGACUCUAUCUGCCUGUGGUAUUCAUCACUUUCGUCAACGCUGUUCUCAUUUACAACAAGAUCCUAGUAUACCCACAUCUCCAUGCUCAGAAGAGCUUCUUUCUUCAGAUCCACUAUUGGCUCAAUGACCUGACCACCGGCAUCAACCCGUUUACUGUCGACAAGUAUCGCUCCGACAACAUGAUAGGCCUUCGCUACGAGGUUGUCAUGUGGACCAUUCCCUACGAAUAUCGAGGAUCCAUCGUUAUCUUCGCUAUCCUGUUGACGCUUGCGAAGGCGCGACCUCUUUCCCGGUUCCUGAUUAUUCUCUCCUUGGUGCUUUACACCAUAGUGGUGGGACAGUGGGAUAUGUUUCUGUUUAUUUCUGGUGCCUUGUGCUGUGAAAUCCACCAGUACAUGAAUCAAAUGAAGCCCAUAUCAAUACCAACGUCAGCCACAUUGCCAGGAGCCGAGCUGAAUGAAAAGGCUACACAUACCCGUCGAGUGGGCACUAUUGCCAGGAAUAUCAUGUCGGUCUGGGCGGUGUUUUGCCUCCUAUAUGUCAUUACCAUCCCCGAUCUUCAUUUCGGAGUCGGUGACAUUCCCCUCUAUGGAAAGAUUUCAAGCAUCAUGCCGGACUCGUGGAACAAUCAUCCCGGAACAGGGCGCUUCUGUACCUGCGUGACCGCGGUGCUCCUGGUACUUGUCCUAGGUCAGUCUCAACUGUUCAAGAGAGCUUUGUCGUCACGGUUCCCGCAGUACCUGGGAGACAUCUCGUUUGCGAUAUACAUCAUCCACUUCUCCCUGAUUAAGACGAUGGGAUUGCCACUCCUGAACGCUAUACGAGCCUGCCGCAGCAGUAUUAGUCCACAAGUCCCCGUCGACUCUGGCCUGGGUGGGUGGAUCGUCCUCUUUGUCUACAGUCUCAUAGCUUUACCGACCCUCUUCUGGCUCGGCGACUUGACCGAGAGAUACAUUGACAAGAAGAGCGUCGCUCUCGCACGAUGGGCGGAGACAAAAUUGCUUGAGUGAUUCCGCGACCUGGUCAAGGUAAGGUCUCAGAAGAAUAUACUCUAGGGAUCCACCCUGUAAUCCCGCCGCCACAGAUUAAAGGUCCUGGCUUUAUUGGGAGGAGAGAAACGGGGGAAAGCCAGACGCUUCAGAACCAAUGCUGUGCAGUGUGGCAGUGAAUGCCAGCCGAGCCCAGCGAUUUGAAUCUCAUGUCACUACCACAACCAAGUUCGAUGAUGAUGAGAACAACAUGUUCGAGUGUCGAGUACAUUUCACUCUUACUUGCCUGGCCUCGCAGUAUGUGUACUGUAGGUAGAAAACGGUCUUUGGAAGGAAGAGCUGAGACCAUGACGGGGUCAUUUGUUUUUCAGCGAGCGAUAAUUUUGAAAAGCGUUGGGCUAUUGGUCAUGCUCAGAUAUAUACGAAUACUGUGUACGGUAGCUUGUACUUGGGUAUACGAAAGGAGGCUGAACAGACGGAACAGUCAAGAAUGAAUUUUCUUUAUUCUUGGAAUUGCCUGUCGACACUAAUUCUGCUCAAUAUGAGUAGACGAUGGCGUCAUUUCUGCGGAAUGACAAAACUUUUGGAUGAUCAAGAGGUUUGGGCUGCGCUGUACUCAUUGCCCUGUUGUGCCAGCGAGAUCAUCACCACAGAGUUGUCCAUUUUCCGCAGAUGAAGAAAGGG